UCUGUGUCCAUGCUGCAGCUGACACCUUCCACCAUGAAGCUCUUCUCCUCCUUCAUGGCUCUUCUCCUCUUCCUCCUCCAGGCUGUUCCAGGUCUCAGCUUGCCCAAAGACACCUUACGUUGUCUUGGAUACCACGGUUUCUGCUUCCAUUCAAAAUCCUGCCCAGAGCCGUUUGCUGCCUUUGGAACUUGCUCUCGGCGUCAGAAAACCUGCUGCAUAGACACGACAUCAAACUUCCAUACUUGUCAAGAUGAGGGGGGUCAUUGUGUACCUCCAGAAAUCGAAUGUCUGCAAGAACAAGUGGGCCUUUGCCCUCACAGCGAAUGGAAGUGCUGCACAGAAGUGUAA